UAUAAAGAAGGAAGAACAGAAUCUUUAAUCGAUUCAUAAUCGAUCCAUAAAUAUGAGAUCCUUAUAGAUGCAUGCAAAUGAUUGUUAACUACAUAUAUAGAAUGUAUGGCAAAUAUGUCCCAUGUGGUGUCAAGGAUUUCAUCUGGCUCUUUGCGCUUUGCGAUUGAAAGUAAUCGAUAUCGUUGACGAUGUUAUAUCACAUAAGCGAUACUCGGCAAUAUCUACCACAAUUAACAUUAUUAUAUUACGAUGGAAUAAUUAGAAUCAGAUCGUCUAAUGAAGUACCGAGCGUAAUUUGAAUGGCAUCGUGUGGUAUUUGAGAACGUUGAGCAGGAACGGAGAUCCGGUCAGAGAUAACAACAAACUCGCCAUGAAAUUAUUAAGCGCCGGCGUAUUAUCACCGGCGUAUUAUCACGGCAUAAAAGUAUCUUGUAACAAUAGGCAGAAGUUAUCUAUUGGAUGAGAACAGGAGCGUAACAGCAAGUCAUAGAACCUUGAAAAAAGUAGGAUAAAUCAGAGAAUAACAAGACAAUGAAAACUGGAAGCAUGAUUGACUUUCAGUCAACUUAUUGUAGUUAUACGCAUUGUCCAGCUCAUGUUACAUCAGUGUGCGAUGGCGAUUGAAAUCGAUGCGACUGAGCGCAAAGCAAGCGUGGGUGUUCCAGGGUAAACUUGCGAUCUCGCGUCGUGGGAUUGGCCCUAGUCGGCGUAACCGGGUGGUCGAUUGGUCGACUGGCCUCCACCACCACCGGGCCGGCGUACAUCGCCGCAGGUGAGAUCCGCGCGGCUCAAGGCGCGUAGCGCAGGUGUGUUCGCAGUGUGGUUGUGCACCCGCUGUCACGCGCCAGCCAGGGACACGGAAUCUCCCUUCUUGCGGGCGUGAGAAGAAAAAAGAGGUGGCGAGAAGCAGAGCGAACGACGUGGGCUAGAUCGUGAGCGACAGAGCGAGAGAAAGAGAGAAAGCAGGAUUCCGCGAAAGGGCGAACUAUAAGUGGUGGGAGCGACCCCGCCGUUAACAUUCACACCCACGCAUACACGCACACGCGAAUACAGCCGAAGCGAAGUUCUCUCGGGGCGAGGAACCUUGCGCGAACCACCCCCGAGGAGUUACCUCGGUCUGGCGCACAAGUGCCAGCGGACAAGCAAGCGAGCGAGCAGGUGAUUGUCGCUGGGUGACGAUACAUCACCGGGUUCGUGCUCGCGCGGAAGAACAAGACUCGCGGCGAAAAGGGAAUUCCGGCGAGAGGAAGAGAGCUCGUGCGUGCUCGACUCCGUCACGGCAAAUAAGAAUAACAGUCUAUCUCUGUACGUUCGUAUCCGCGAAGAGAGGAUGGUCCGGAGAUUCUGCAACGGUGCGGUUGCACUUGGCAUCGCCCUGACGGCCUGCGCCGCCUUUCCGCGCGCCGUCAUGGCGAUCGACCUCAGCCGCUUUUACGGCCACUCGAAACGCUCGGAUGCUUGCCAUCCGUACGAACCGUUUAAGUGCCCGGGCGAUGGUAUUUGCAUCUCGAUACAAUAUCUAUGCGAUGGCGCACCCGAUUGUCAGGACGGAUACGAUGAAGAUUCAAGAUUGUGCACCGCAGCCAAACGACCGCCCGUAGAAGAAACCGCGAGUUUUUUGCAAUCUCUGCUGGCCAGCCACGGUCCCAAUUAUUUGGAGAAGCUAUUUGGAACUAAAGCGCGCGAUACGCUGAAACCUCUUGGUGGCGUGGAGAAAGUAGCCAUCGCGCUAUCCGAGUCGCAGACAAUCGAGGACUUUGGAGCGGCGUUGCACUUGAUGCGCUCGGAUCUCGAGCAUCUACGCUCGGUUUUCAUGGCAGUGGAGAAUGGUGACCUGGGCAUGCUGAAGUCUAUCGGUAUCAAGGACUCUGAGCUGGGCGACGUCAAGUUCUUCCUCGAGAAGCUCGUUAAAACGGGCUUUCUCGAUUGAAUGGCCACCGUCGAAUCAUUGCUGCCGCCGCCGCCGUCAUCGUCGCCGCCGCCGUCGUCGUCGAGGACGAGCUGCCGCCGCUGCAUCGCCGCCGGUGUCGCAUUAUCGUCGUCACACCAGCCGACCCUUUAUUUGAUGAAGCCUAAUUCGUCCUUUCCGAUGGCACCACCGUCUUUCUUUCAUCGCAAGUCCUCGUGCGCAGAAUGUAUCCUGUCAUUUUUUCUUCCUAUUCUAUUCUUCUCGGGUCACUUACUCUGGCUUCAAAAACGCGACAAGUGCAACUGCAAGCACCGAGAUAAUCGUCGAUACGAGCAUAGAAAUACGAGAGCGAAUCGAAUCCUGUGCACAAUCGUGAUAAGGCAGAUUUCCACUUUGCAUAAUUCGUAGCUGUCGCAUUUUGAAUAAUGAAUUCUGUUACGCGCAUAUUUCGUAGCUGUCGCGCUCGGAUAAUUAAUUGUUACACGCAUCGAGCGUAGAUCUGCUUAAAAAAAAAGAGCGAUAAUUGAAAUGCAACUGAUAGCUAAUGUACCUUAUAUUCUUUCGGAGAGUUUAUUAUUGCGAUUUUGCACGAAUCUGCGUGAAAAUACAAGCACGAAGAAUAUAAUCGAACUAAUUGAAAAAAAAAAAAAAACACGUAAGCUUUGUACAGUUUGCAAUCUAAUAUUGACUAUUGAAACUCAGACAUCUAAAUAUUGACUAUUAAAACUUGAAACUCGGACAUUUAAAAGUUACAACGUAACAUUUAAUCUGGUUCACUCUCUAAACAAUUACUAAUUCUAAAUGUGAUCAAAUUGUGAAAUAUUUCGACAGGACUUCCUCUCUUUCGCUUCUCUCCAAAAUUUGAUCAAUCUCGAUAUGAACAAACAAUGAGCAUUUACCCGACCUAUUUCUAAAAUAUUGAGUUUUCUCAUGUAUUUUACAUCAUAGGGUUACCCUCAUGCGUACGUGUGCUUUGCGUGUCCCGGUUUGCUUCGAGCCCUUGUCCAUACACGAGCACCGUAUCAUCCUGAAUAAAUAAUGAGACGUCGACGACAAUCGUUCGCGAUCGGCAAUGUCGUACAUAGUGUCUGACAGUUGUGCAUUAAACUUGCUUAAAAUAGACUUCAAGGAAAUGUAAUUCUUACUUGAAGAUAUUAUUGGAAUGUGUAUCAUCAUUUAUCAAUUUAAAAAUCAGAAAAUUGAAAAAUCUAAAAAUUUAAAAUCUUUUCUCACGUAAAAUUAUAAUCAACAAAUAUUUGCACAACUGUUCAAAACUUUUAAAUUUGCAGUUAGCACUUUUGAAAGACUUUCAGCGAGAUUACCGUGAGAGUUAAGUUUCAAGAGAGAAACUCUGAGAAGGAGCUCUUGGAAAAUAAUCAUGUUCAAGCAUGGUGAAAUGAAAAUUGCAUUACUUCGCAAAGGUCGCGCGAGACCGAAGCCGACCCUCUUAAUAUAACGCAAUUUUUAUUAAAUGUAAUGCUUUAACAACUUGACAUAAAUACCUUUCCUUGUGCAAACUGUUGGGGACCGGUCUUUAACGGAACUAUGCUUUCACGGAGAGCUGGUUCGGAGGAGGGUGGGCGAGAGGGGUCGUGCAAAGAUGUUCUAUAUAUUCUUACUUUUGCAUAUAGUAUCAAAGAAUGCAAUAAUUAUUCUCGCGUCACUCUUCCACUUUCCCUUGAAAUAUUCUGUUGAUAUUUUUUCCGAAUAUUGCUGUGACGUUUCUGUUGUAAUUGCAGAGUAGCGUAUUUUAUAUAUUGCCGUGAUAAUAGAGACGAUAGCUUUUAUUAACGAUUACUGCUGGAACAGUAUUGAUUUAGAUCGACGUCUUCUCACUCCGCGUGUACAUAUUAAUUUAUUUUCACCGCAACCGCUCCUAAUCGCGAUAAGUUUUGCGAUGUAACACUGCAACGUAUUGAAUAUUAAAAAAAAGAAA